AUGGACAUCUUCCAGAGCGUCCAGGGCUAUAUCAGCAGGAUCGUCUCUCAGGGCGAGAAUGCGGCCAAUGCAGGAGCGGCAAAGAUGAAGAUAUUGCUUCUGGAUGGGGAUACUGUAAGGCUAGACAAAGUGGCAGACGGGCAGAUCAUGAGCUCAUACCAUCCAGGUUCCAAUCGUGUCUUCUGCCACGACACAGUCUGCGUUGUUGAACCACUCAGUCUACCUCACCAAUCGGCUCGAUGAUCCGAAUAGGGAGAAGAUGCGGCACUUGCGGUGUCUGUGUUUCUUACGGCCCUCGCCGGACAGCAUACAAUUCUUGAUCGAUGAGUUCCGGGAGCCAAAGUACGGCGAAUACUACAUCUGUACGUUGACAGGCACUCAUGACGAAAAGUCAGGACGACUUCUGACUGACACAGAUUUCAGCAACAUCAUCAAGAAGUCUUCUCUGGAACGAUUAGCCGAAGCAGACGACCAUGAAGUCGUCAAGUCCAUCAUGGAAUACUUCGCAGACUUCCUUGUCAUCAACCCGGACCUCUGCUCCGUGCCACUGUCGACGCGGAUCUUCUCUUCUUCUGCCGAGCUCUGGAAUCAAGACAGCCUUACAAGAACCGUUGAGGGAGUGACUGCGAUGCUUCUGGCUUUAAAGAAGAAGCCACUUAUCCGGUUCGAGAAGAACAGUCUGCUCUGUCGGAAAUUGGCGACCGAGGUGCGGUAUGCUAUGACCCAGGAAGAGCAGCUGUUCGAUUUCAGGAAACCAGACACUCCACCGAUCCUACUUCUUGUCGAUCGAAGAGAAGAUCCUCUCACUCCACUACUAACCCAGUGGACAUACCAAGCAAUGGUGCAUGAGCUAUUGGGCAUUGAGAACGGCAGAGUAAAUCUCAGCGACGUGCCAGAAGUAAGACCGGAGUUCAAGGUAGUUUGGUCCCAUCUGUGAAAUCGCUCCUCCAACUGUGCUGAUUUUCUACAGGAGAUCGUUCUUUCCCAGGACCAGGACCCUUUCUUCGCCAAGAAUAUGUAUUUGAACUUCGGCGACCUUGGUCAGAAUGCCAAGGAAUACGUGGAACAAUUCGCUUCGAAGCAGGCUUCCGGUCAGAAGCUAGACAGUAUUGAGGAUAUGAAGAAAUUCGUGGAAGAGUAUCCAGAAUUCAGAAAGCUCUCCGGAAACGUCACCAAGCACGUCACGUUAGUCACAGAGCUGAGCAGACGCGUGAGUACAGACAGUCUGCUUGAUGUCAGUGAGCUGGAACAGAGUCUGGCUUGUAACGACAACCAUUCGACGGACGUGAAGACGUUGCAGAAGCUCAUACAGGACCCGAAGAUACCGCCUAUGAACAAGCUCAGGCUUGUGGCGAUAUAUGCGCUGCGCUAUUCUGGACACACAAAUAACAACACGCCUGCUUUGAUGGACCUUUUGGCCGUUGCCGGAGGCAUCAGUCGACACCGCAUCAAUCUCAUACCAAAGCUUUUGGCCUACGCACACUCGCUUCAGUCCAUUCCACAGACCGGCGGCAUCCCCGAUCUUCUCCAGCCCGGUACCAUCUUUUCUGAGGCAAGAUCACGCUUCAAUCGCGGAUUACGCGGCGUUGAGAACGUGUACACCCAACAUUCGCCUCGUCUUGAGAACACCCUACAGGACCUCAUCAAGGGACGCCUCAAUAUGAACAGCUACCCCUUCGUGGAGGGCGGUGGACAGACUAGAGACAAGCCGCAAGAUAUUAUUGUAUUCAUUGUGGGCGGCGUAACGUAUGAGGAAGCCAAGAUGGUCGCGCAGGUCAAUGCUAGCAGUCCUGGCGUCAGAGUGGUGUUGGGUGGAACGGGCAUUCACAAUAGCAACUCUUUUCUAGAGGAAGUGGAGGAAGCUGUUGAUGCAUGGCCAGAGGCAAAGCCAGACUCAGCUGCUGGUAGGCUGAGAAGGGAGAUUGGAAGAUCGUGA